ACCUUGAUGUAGUGAGUAAUUUAUUCAAUUUUAAAUUAUUUUAAGUUUUGUUCUUGACUCUUAAGGGGUAAUUUUUCCCGCCGGCGCCUCGCCUUAUAAUGCUCACUUCAGGCGAGGCGUUGAGGAGAUAAGACGCAUCCUAGUUUCCCAAACCUUCAUCAUAUCUACGACCUGUAAUCAUGAAGUUGGUCUGCCUUUUGUUCGUUGUCACCCUGUUUGUAUGCUACAUGCUGUCAUCAAGUCAAGAUACAACAACACCUGAACAAAACAAAACUGGUUUUCAAAAGAACCUAAAGAAUGCUUAUGCAAAUUUUCAGGCUAAGUUAAAAAAGUUUUUUGCAACGAAACCAAAAGAGGCUACACCUCAACAAGAUGCCCAUAAUUAUGAGAAAGGUAGAAGAGAUUCAUACUCUAAGAACAAGAUACAAAGAGAGGAUGACCCUGAAAAUGAUUAUUAUUCAAACUAUCCCUCAGAUAAUGAGAAUGAUGACACUCGCACCAUAACUAAGUCAGAAAAUGCCUUGGACGAUGAUGAAUCUUUUAAUGGCACUGUGGAUAACUUUGACAGUGAUGAAUCUUCCACAAGUGCUAUGGAUGACUUUGACAGUGAUGAAUCUUCCACUGAAGAUGACCUUGACAGUGAUGAAUAUUUCACUAGCACUUCACAUGGCUUGGAUGAUGAUAAAUCUUUCACUCGCACUUUACAUGCCUUUGAUGGUGAUGACUUGUCCACUAGCACCAAGGAUAAACUUGACAGUGGUGAAUCUUCUGUUAGCUCUGAGGAUGAAUAUGACAGUGAUGAAUCUUUCACUGAGGAUGACUUUGGUAGUGAUGAAUCUUCUUCCACUGAAGAUGACCUUGACAGUGAUGAAUCUUCCUCUGAGGAUGACUUGGACAGUGAUGAAUAUUUCACUAGCACUUCACAUGGCUUGGAUGAUGAUGAAUCUUUCACUAGCACUUUACAUGCCUUUGAUGGGGAUGACUUGUCCACUAGCACCAAGGAUAAACUUGACAGUGGUGAAUCUUCUGUUAGCACUGAGAAUGAAUAUGACAGUGAUGAAUCUUCCACUGACACUGUGAAUGACUUUGACAGUGAUGAAUCUUCCACUGAGGAAGACUAUGACAGUGAUGAAUCUUCCACUGACACUGUGAAUGACUUUGACAGUGAUGAAUCUUCCACUGAGGAAGACUAUGACAGUGAUGAAUCUUCCACUGACACUGUGAAUGACUUUGACAGUGAUGAAUCUUCCACUGAGGAAGACUAUGACAGUGAUGAAUCUUCCACUGACACUGUGAAUGACUUUGACAGUGAUGAAUCUUCCACUGAGGAAGACUAUGACAGUGAUGAAUCUUCCACUGACACUGUGAAUGACUUUGAUAGUGAUGAAUCUUCCUCUGAAGAAUCUGAUAUUGAAAUUGAUAACCCUACAUCGAGUGGUGGAGAGAUAGUCAGUGGCAAGGAUAGUGAAGCUGACUCUGCUAAUGAGAAUGAUGAGGGUUAUGGGUCUACAUCUGAGACUCAAGACAACCUAAUUAAUAGAGAGACUUGGGAAUCAGAUGCAGUAAGAGGAAUUGAAGAGGAUAGUACCCAUCCCUUUUCUGAGAGUGUGAAUGAUGUUAACUCUGACCCUUUACCCUCAGUAAACAGUGAUAGUGAUGACAAGGGGAAGUCUGACACAGACUCAGAGGAUGAUAGUCCUGAUGAGAGUUGUGAAGCUGGUUUCCAUAGUGAUGAUAGUGAUGAUAUGUACUAUGAUGAUAGUUAUGAUGACUAUUUUAGCUUUCUGUAUUAAGUGAUGAUGAUGAGGGACUGCUUGAUGUCGCAAUGUAUCAACUUUUAGUAAUGUAGUUAAUAAGGCAGUUGGAAUUGAGACAAACUAUAUCUGAAAAUUACUACCAUUAGUCUUUCACUAUGGACACACAAAAGUUGAUUUUAUUGUACUUCACAUACUCAUGAUUUAGUUUUAAAGGGUAAAAUGUCAACAUGGAACUGUCAAAAUAGUAACUUAUUAAUUUACAUCUGGAGGAUCUUAUGUUUUUGAAGAUAAGACUAGUUAAGGAUACAGUAUUUUUAUAUUAAGGUGGAUGUUGUAAGAAACUAUACUCUGUUCAUCCUAACCUUACAACUGGGCCAAAUCAAAGGAACUUGUGAUUGGGUGAAUAUACACGGGUGGUGAAAUAGUUGGGCAUUGCUUUUUUUUAAGCAAAUUUUUAUUU